GACCCUCCUGGCAGCAGGCCACGAUGAAGAUCGUGAUCAUCAAAGUGAUGUGCCUGGUGAGCAUGUUUAUCCUCAUGCUGGUUGGCUCCCUCCUGCCCGUCAAGAUCAUCAAGGCCGAUUAUGAGAAGGCCCACCGCUCCGGGAUGAUCCUUUCCCUCUGCAAUUCCUUUGGCGGGGGUGUCUUCCUGGCCACCUGCUUCAACGCCCUGCUCCCUGGUGUACGGGAAAAGCUUCAAGAAGUCCUGAGGCUCGGAAACAUUGUCACCAACUACCCGCUGGCCGAGACGAUCAUGCUCGUGGGCUUCUUCAUGACUGUGUUCUUGGAGCAGGUCAUCCUGACCUUCCGGAAGGAGAAGCCCUCGUUCAUCGACCUGGAGACCUUCAACGCCGGCUCCGACGCGGGGAGCGACUCGGAAUACGAGAGCCCUUUCAUCGGGACGGCCCAGGAGCAGCACCUGUACGCCAAGCACGGCCCGCAUCCGCACAACCACGGCUUAAAUGUCAAGGAGCUCUCUCACGCCAACCCGCUGCGCCUCUUCAGCCUGGUCUUCGCCUUGUCGGCCCACUCCAUCUUUGAGGGUCUGGCCCUGGGCUUGCAGGAAGAGGGAGACAAGGUGGUCAGCCUGUUCAUCGGGGUGGCCAUCCACGAGACCUUGGUGGCCGUGGCCCUCGGCAUCAACAUGGCCAAGAGCUCACUGCCCUUGAAGGACGCGGCGAAGCUGGCCGUCACCGUCAGCGCCAUGAUCCCCCUGGGCAUCGGGAUCGGGCUGGGCAUCGAGCGGGCUCAGGGUCUGGGCGGCAGUGUGGCGUCCGUGCUGUUGCAGGGCUUGGCGGGUGGGACCUUCCUCUUCAUCACCUUUUUUGAGAUCCUAGCGAAGGAACUGGAGGACAAGAACGACCGGCUCCUGAAAGUUCUCUUCCUGGUGAUGGGCUAUGCGGUCCUGGCUGGCCUGGUCUUCUUCAAGUGGUGAGCGCCGAUGCGAAGCAGCCACGCAUCUUCCCGGCUUCUCUUCCCCAACUGGCCAGGGAAGCCCACGGGAAGUGCCACCCCCUUGCCAGCCAGAUGAACACUGACUGACCCUCCUCUCCAGGCCCCUCCCCUACCCCUCAGUACAUCCAGCCAUCGGGACUCAGUGAACUUACUCUGUCCGCAGGGCCCCAGUGCCAAAGACCGGAGGGCUGCCCUCCCCUCCACCCCCCAACAGACACAGCCCCAGGGUCAUGGGUUCGCCGGCAGGCGCUCGCGAGCUAGAACUCCCUAACUGCCGGGAAUCCGUGGCCUUGCAGGUUUUUUUUUCUCACCGAGGCGAUAUCACCUCCAUGGGCACUUUCACCGUGGUGUGGGAUGAUGUUUGCAGCUGGAGUCGGGGCGAGCUGGAAUCGCUCUAUCACUCUCUCCGGGAGGGUCUCCCCAUCAAAAGUGUCAGGCGUUGGGCCGGGAAGCCGGGAAAGGGCACCCGACCCUGACUUUUCUCUGUUUCUUGGGACUGUGGGCUGCCUUACUGCUCUGACUCUCACUCUUCCCCUCCGGUCUCCGGCAGGGUUGAGGGGUUGAGGUUUCUGUGUGUCCUCCUCUCCUCCCCUGACCCUCGGUCUGAGCAAACUGUGCAGAGGGAUGUCCACAGGCGUCUCAGGAAUUUGAUGAAAGUUGUUCUCGGUCACCCCCCUCGGCCUGAACAAGCCACCCCACAGGGUCUCCAAGAAUCGCCAGCAGCUCUUUUGAAGUCGAUCACCAGCAAUUCGACAGACUGAAUUCUCCUCUGCCGGGGAUCCAGCCCCCAUUGCUGGCCUGCGUGUGCACCCCGGGCCAGCUGCGGUUUUGUUUUCCCGCCCCCACCGUCCCUCUUUCCCAGCGGCCCCCCUUCCUCGGGCUUCGAUGGGCAGAACUGGUAGUUUUGCGGGGGGACACCCUUGGGAAAUGCAAAUGGGGAACUGGUGCUGCCAGCUGGGCCACCCAGCUUUCUUGGGGUCGGCGAAGGGGACCUUCACCAGGGGGACCAAUGAAAGUGAGGGCCGUCUGUGGGGCACUUGAACAUAACCGGGCAAUGGCGGGCCUUAUCCCCUGGAGAUCGGCCAGAACCUCCACCUACAGAUGGUCCCCCCGGUUGAAUUGCCCCCUGGCCCCUGAGUUAAUGAAUUCACCCUGUGGAAGGUUUAGGUUUGCUUUGCUGGAAAGCGGGCUAAAGUGCAGCUCGACUGGUCAGUUUGGUUGCCCGCUCCUUGGGGCAGACAGGUUGGUGGAUAGGCAGGUGGGUGCCGAAGGUGGAAACCUACAAUUUGUCCCAUUCUCUCUCUCUCUCCUCUCUCUCUCUCUCUCUCUCUCUCUCUCUCUCUCUCUCUCUCUCUCUCUCUCUCUCUCUCUCUCUCUCUCUCGCCCCCCCCCAGCCUAUCCCCAGGAGCUUUGAAAGGGAGGCGGUGGGAGUGUCCAGAGGGGGUGACAGUCCUGAAGGAGGCCUUUUCCCAAGCCUCAUCCACCAACCCCCUCCAACCCCUAUCCCCCUCAAGGCUGAUGUAUUUCUGGGGACGGGUCCUGUCUCAGCAGGUUGCAGGGCUUCUCCUCCCCUCCGCACCAGAGCAAGUGGAAUUUCAGGGGUUUGUUAGUUCGUGCUUUAGAAUCUCUCAGCUUCCCUGGGCUUUUCUCUCCUGAGCCAUUUUGAUUUCCCGCUGCCAAUUGCAAGCGACCGAUGAGUUCGCUCACCAGUUUCCAGGCUGAAACAGCAGCUGGGCUUCCCACAGGGGCGGCUGGAGGGGUCGAUCUGAUCUCAGCCCUCCCAGCAAGGAAUGACCUAUUGGGGAGAGGCAGGGGGUGGGAGGGUUCGGUUGGGAUGUGCGUCUAGAUUGCUGAACUGUCAGAGAAGCUCUCCCUUCCCUUCUGUCUCUCAGCGGGGACCUGGAAAUGCCCACUCAGCCUGUUUUUCCAAUUUUUAUAUCUACCGGUUUCCUCAGUGCCCCAGCCUCUGGGGCUGGCAUGAAGCAUGAUUGUGGUACUGCGGGCAGAUGUCUUCAGGGAGCUUGUUUCUCAGCGGGGUGGAGGGGCGGGGGUUGCCGCAGGCGGCUGGUUUCCAGAGAGCGGGUCCAAGAUAACGGUCGCUGCUUCCAACGGAUCUGAAAGAGCGAGGCUUAGAGCUGUAUCUCUGUCCCCGCAGCGGUGUGUCUGCUCCUCCCGGUGGGGGCAAUGGCACCGUGGGUUGUCAAGCCUUAAAGCAGACCUUGGAGGGUCUCUCUGCUCCUCCCAGGGGAAGCGGGGAGAUGGGCGGGGGCUCCGUCCUUGGGGGUGUUUAUGGGACAUAUUUGCUCGCCUUCUUCGGAGGCUCCCUCUAGAAAAGGUGGAAUCUCAUGGAAGGUGUCACCUGCAGGGAACUCCCCACCGCUCCGCAGUGGAGCAGCAUGGAGGCAACUGCCAGAAGAGGGAGAGAUUGCCGAGAUUUCCCUGGGAACCCCAAGCCAAACCGGGCAUUUGGGAAAUCAGGCCCGUUCAGAGAUGCUGCACUGAUUCUUUGACCUCCAUCCUUCCUCGCCACCCUCCUUCUCCCCUCUUCUCUCUCCUCUCUUCCCCUCUCCUCCCUCAAUCAAUUGUAU